CAAACACAUCCAUCCAGAAAGAAACGGGAGACGGAGCGAGGAAGAGGAGGGAGGGCUCGGAGGCCGAGGAAAGGAAGAAUUAAACCCCACUAAACCCGUCUGACACGGAGGGCCGCAGGGAAAAAAAAAGGACGCUAGCUUAAAGCCCCCCCCGACGCCGCCGACGCCGCCGAGCUCGACAUUUUUCCUCCGGACGACCACUUUUCCCCCUUCUUCAUCUCUGAGAAACUUCGAUUUUUAGCAGCAAUGGCUCAAGAAACCAACCAGAGCCCGGUGCCCAUGCUCUGUGCCACGGGUUGCGGUUUCUAUGGAAACCCACGAACCAAUGGCAUGUGCUCUGUAUGCUAUAAGGAACACCUGACACGGCAGCAGAGCAGCGACCGCAUGAGCCCCCUCAGUCCCAUGGGAUCAACUGCUAGUCCUACCUCAGAGGCCUCGGCAAUCCAGAGACUAGAAGCCAGUCUAGCCAAGGUCGACGCCUCGCCCGCCUCCUCCCCAGAAAUGUCUAGAACUGUUCAAGGAUCUCUCCCUGUGACUCAACAAAUGACAGAGAUGAGCAUUUCGAGAGAGGACAAGCCCGAACCCUUAGAGCCUGUUGUUUGCCAGCCUGCUGCUUCUAGCCCGACUCCUGUAGCUUCUUCCAGCAGUGAAGACAGCAAGGGUGACACCCCCAAACCGAAGAAGAACAGGUGCUUCAUGUGCCGCAAGAGGGUGGGCCUCACAGGCUUCGACUGUCGCUGCGGCAAUCUGUUCUGCGGUAUCCACCGGUACUCCGACAAGCACAACUGUCCCUACGAUUACAAGGCCGAGGCUGCCGCCAAAAUCCGCAAAGAAAACCCCGUGGUGGUGGCUGACAAGAUCCAGAGAAUAUAGAUAUGAAGACAAAGAACAGCAUGGCCGCAACAUGGAAACACCAUUGACAAAGACUGGAGUAUGCGUGUGAACCUUUGAAAUGAGCACUGGCAUGAGUGGCUAAGUGAGGAUCGAAAGGACUUGAUUUACAAAAUUACAACCUCAAGAAAAAAAAAGAAAAACAAAAAGAAGAAAAAAAUGAAAAGAUCCUGUCUGAGGAAGAUGCAUGAAUGAUCACUUUUCUCCUUUUUUGAUUAAUUCAUUAGUUUGUUUUAUCCAAUUUUCUGUGGUGUGAAUUUGCCGCCGUUCAGUCCUGUUAUUCUUUUUUUUUUUUUUUUUUUUUAAUUCUAAGAAUAUGUAUCGUCUUACUAAGGACAGACCAGGCUAAAUGUCCAGGAUAUGCUGUGCUCCUCUCACCCAUACCAGGCGCCAUUUUGUGCCAAACCGUAAACAACCGCCGUGUCAGCCGGACCCCGUCAUGCAUCUCACACACACAUACACCCCGAUAGGUUCCUGAAAGCAUUCAGUCGAUACACACAAACAGUCCAUACAAGUCAUGUCCCUCCACCUCCAGCUUGUCGUGUGCUUCGUUGGUACUGGAGUUAGUCGGUCGGCGUCUCCCGCUGUGCACACGGGGCUUUGUUGUUCAGUCUGUCUUUCCUAGCUUUACCUACCUCACGCCUGCUGUGUUAAACUACGUCGUCUUCCCUUUUUACUUUGUCGUCGCCUGCUUUGACCCCAGCAGAGCAGCAGAUCGUCAUGGUAGUUGAUCAGCACGCCCGCGUUGACCCGAUUGUUAUGAAGCUGCUUCAGUUGUACACGGAGGUGUUUUUUUUUUUUUUUUUUUUUUUUGCUAGACGGGGACAAACGAGAAGACGCAUACAUUUCCGCUGAAUCUAAUCAUUUACGACAGACGCGUUCAGGAGUUGACCAGCUGGACCCAGCUGGUAGAUUGUAAUCACAGACGCCUGGUGCAGGGCUGUGUGUACCGAUGUGUGGCCUGAGAGGAAAGAUAGCACCCUUUCCUGACGGGCCUGGUGGGUGAGUUUAGGCUACUUUUAUAGUAGGGGCAUGAAUGAAUGGGAUAAAUGCAUGAGUUACUCUUCAUCUGCAUUAGUGUUUUCAGAAUUGUCACUCGCAUUAGGGUUUCAGAUGUGUUAUUGCUAAGAGACAAUUAUUUUAUGUUUUACUUACUUUUUUUUUUUUUCUUCUCUUCCACCAUCCUGAUGUUAGCACAUGUAAUCAGUGCAUUUGUGGACUUAGGGUAUGUGAACCUUUUGUUUUAUUUUAUUUUUGUGCUAACACAACAUUCAUGUGAGCACAGUGUGUGUGGUUGUGUGUGUGUAAUGUAUGGAUGUGUGUGUGUCGUUCCCCCCCCCAACCCCCUUUUGACUGUGGAGCUACCUGGUUUAUCAGCACAUGUUUACAGAACUACAGGAGCAUGCCAGAGCUAGAUUUAUGACAAAUAAUAGAUUCCAAGAUUAGAUGUAACUUCAUCUUGUCAAACAGCUAUCGGUCUGUGUGUCUGCUAUAGAUCACCAUAGAGAAGUGUGUGUGUGUGUGUGUGUAUGUGUGUUUGAGGGCGUGCAUGUGCACAUAACUGUGCAGAGGUGUGUUUUCAAAGCUGCCUGACACAUUAAAAACACGUAUGUUUGUGACUUGUGUUACUUCUCCCUUUUUCCUCCUGUAAGGAUGUGUUUUUCAUUUAAGAGAUAACUGUAUCCGUUUUGAGUUUUUCCUUUCCGAUUCUUAGUUAUAUGCAAAUUUGUACAAAAAAUGAAAAAAACAACAAACUGUGUUGAUAUUUAUGUAUUACAUAUAAUCUUGCUAUCCAGCAUUACAACAGAAUAGUAUCAUGUAAAUAAAACUGUACAGAGAGACAUUA